AUGGCCGCCGGCAUCUUGGGGAUUGGUUAUCCCCUGGAGGAUGCACUUCGGGACCAGUCUCAGGAGAACGCCACCUUGGAAGAGUUCGGGGAGGAGAACGUGCGACUGAAAGUACUUCCCAUAACCCUUCGGUUGACGCAGAACACUACAGCAGAUCAGCAGAGAAAUACCAGAACGUGCUACAAGUGUGGAACCCGGCAUCCACCUUUACAAUGUCCUGCGUUUAGAAAAACAUGCGCUAAAUGUAAGAAAAUGAAUCAUUUUGCCAAGGUAUGCAAUUCUUCGGCUAGUAAUAACAGUUAUAACAAAAAGAGUAUUGAACACAUAGAACAAAAUAUGUCAUUAGAAGAUUCAUCCGAACAAUUUUUUGUUGGUAGUAUCAAUGCACAAAAUUAUAGCGAUUGGAUCGAAAAACUUACUGUAAACAACGGCAAAACUUUCUCUGUAAAACUAGAUACUGGUGCACAAUGUAACGUCAUACCACUCUAUAUUUUUGACAAAUUGAACCUUCCUCGAAAUAACAUACGCAAAUCUAAAGCUCGACUUAGUACGUAUGGUGGAAUUCCAAUUAAAGUUGUAGGAACAUGUAAUAUCAGAUGUGAAACAUCCAAGAAUUUAAAGACUGACAUUGAAUUCCAAGUAGUAGAUGCUAUUGCUCCCGCAGUGCUAGGGCUUCCGUCUCUUAAAAGAUUAAACCUCUUAAAGAAGUAG